AGCCUUGAAAUUAUUAGCCACAGCAAGGGGAUUUGGGCAACUGCAAACAGACUCACUCUGAUAUGAUCUCCCUUCCCUUCUCUUCCCUUCCAUCAUCCAUCCAUGUGGGAACAAGUGAUAGGAUUUGUGAUGCUUUAAGAACAAGUGAUAGGAACUGUGAUUCUUCUUCUUGUGGGAACAUUCAAAAUAUCAGAUACCCAUUUCGAUUUGAAGGUGACCCAGAAAAUUGCGGAAACAAAAGAUAUGAACUGGCCUGCCACAACAAUCGUCCACUGCUUGACUUAUCAUCUGCGGGUGAUACUAAAUACUACUAUGUGCAGGCAAUCAACUACAACAACUACACAAUCCGAGUUGUGGAUAUGGGCAUUCAAAAUGGAAGUUGCUCCUCCCUCCCUCUUUAUUCUUUAUCCUUUGAAAACUUUACUGGUCCUGCUUUUAAUUUUGAUUAUUAUAAUUCAUAUGGUUCAUAUAAUCCAAAUGAGUUCCAAUGGAAGUUUCCCUGUUUUGAAGCUGUAGCAGUGCUGGUGGAAUGUGAAAAUCCAGUGAAUUCUCCACUAUACAUGAACACUAGUAGUACUACUUAUACUAGUUGUAUUAAUAAGUCGUCUUCUUCGCAUACCCAUUACUACUCUUACUUUCUGUUUCGAAACUUAAGAGCAUCAGAUGUGGCUGAUCUGUGCAGAAUAGAUGAGAUAGUUGCAACUACCUUGUGGUCGCCUUUACCUCCAACAACAACAGCAGCAGCAGUAGCAGCAAGUUAUAACUUUUCCAUUAACUUCAUGGAAUUCCACGCACAGUUGGCCUCUGGAUUUGAGCUUUCAUGGGCCAAAAUUCUAUGUGAAAAUUGCUCAACUGGAGGCAGUUGCUUCAUUGAUCCUACUACCAAUUACACUGUCACUUGUUACAACUACUGCGAUUCCCAAAUCAAGUUGACCUUUCUAUGUGCCUUGGAGCUGAUUUACAGUAAGCACUCUUUAUUUCUCAUCCAUAAUUAUUUCAUUAUUUACAAUCUUGCGAUCACCUCACAUUUCCAACCCAAUUUUGCAAUUCCUGUCUUUUGUGCAAUAGUAGUAUCAUCGCAAGAACUAAAAUUUUCUUGUAAAAUUUUUUCAAAUCUAAAGGCCUUCAAUCAAAAGCCUAUAAAUUCUUCCUUAGAUUGACUAGCUUCUUCAUUUCUUUUUUAUUUUUUUUAAUUGCCUUAGUCACUUCACUAAAUCUUUGGUACAUUUUUUCUUUCAGCCGAUGUCAUUUGCUUGCUCACAAUCAUAGGUUACAUUUCUUCCUUCCACUGUUAAGCUUGAAAAUCUUAAGAAUUUAUACGAACCAAAAUCCAUUAAUAAAAGCUGGAAGAAUUCAACAUACGAUUCUAUUGUUAGAGAAAAACAAAGGUCUGUUUUUUUUUUUUUUUUUCUUAUUUGUUCAUGUUUUGAUCUCCCUGGGAAGGAUUUAUUCUUGGAGCUAGAACAUUUUGUGGGAUGCUAUGCUUAUUCGCAUUUUUAAUCUAUAAGUUUCGGACAAGGCAUUUAUCAAUGUUUGAUACCAUUGAAGGUUUCUUACAAAGUCAGAAUAACCUCAUGCCUAUUAGGUACUCUUAUUGGAACAUUAAGUUGAUGACCAAAGGUUUCAAGGACAAGUUGGGGGAAGGAGGCUUUGGUUGUGUAUACAAAGGAAAACUUCGGAGUGAUCAUAUUGUGGCAAUAAAGAUAUUAAAUAAAUAGCCAAGAUUUCAUCAAUGAAGUUGCUACCAUUGGAAGAAUUCAUCAUGUCAAUGUGGUACAACUAAUCGGAUUUUGUGCUGACGGAUCUAAGCGUGCUCUUGUCGAUGAC